UCCUUAAAAGUGUUCAUGACUUCUGAUAGUAAGAAAAUGCAGAAGAUUGGAAAAUUGAAUUCGUCGAUUGAUAUCAUUCCCCUGCAAGGAUCUAGCGGAGAUCAGAAAUCGAAGGCUAUGAAUAAUAAACAGAGAGUUGAUUUUUCUCAUAGAUAUCUUCGGGAUCAGUUGCUAAUUUCGCGUGUUCAAACGUAUAUGCAUGAAAAUGAAAACAAAGUUUAUAUUGAUGUUAAUGAAAUGGCAGACGCAUUACAAAGAAAAUAUCGAGAUUAUCAUAUUAAGAAACGAGGUCCUUUUAGAGCUCUAGUACGCAAAGCAUACGAUGAACUCACAGAGUUGUUUGCAAAAAAGCAUUCUUCUCGUGAUUGGCCUGCUUAUGAUGAUGAGGACGAAGAAGAGGAAGUUGAUAUUGAAUCAGAUCCUCAAAAUAAUAUGUUGGGCGGUAUAUUGUUAAAAAUGUAUAAGAAGUCACAAAACAAACAAAAUGGAAAUUCUAGUGACAAAGAACUGAUAGAUAUCAGUAGUGAUGAUGAUGGAAGCAAAGUGGAAUCAAAUGCUUGUAAUAAGACUGAGGAAUCUGCAGCUACAGAUAAGAAUACACAGCAAAAACCAGGUCCAUCUUCUCAUACAGAAAAACCUAUACCUGCUAAGGAAGCUGAAGAAACAAAAACAUCUGUAAAAGAGGCACGGCAACAAACUGCAGCAGUUGGUGCAGCAGUAGAACCAUUUAUUAGAAAAAGACAACGUGAUAGAGAUACCGAUAAUUAUCCAUUUACAUUCACAAAAAAAGCAAAAGGGGUACCGAUUUCAGAACCAAAAGUCACAUUUACAGAUAUAGGAGGAUGUGAUAAAGUUUUAAAAACUGUAUGUAAACUACUUGCCCAUAUGAAGCAUCCAGAAAUCUUUAAACAACUUGGUAUAUCACCACCAAGAGGAUUUUUGCUUCAUGGUCCACCUGGAUGUGGAAAGACAUUAUUGGCAUAUGCUAUUGCAGGAGAAUUAGGAAUACCUCUACUAAAGGUAGCAGCACCUGAACUUGUAGCUGGAGUAUCAGGAGAAAGUGAAGCACGGAUUCGAGAUUUAUUUGAGCAGGCACUCGCAAUUUCACCUUGUGUUAUUUUCAUAGAUGAAAUCGAUGCUGUUGCACCGCAUAGAGCUACUGCUCAGAGGGAAAUGGAAAGGAGAAUUGUUGCACAGUUAUUAUCGUGUUUAGAUGAAUUAAGUUUAAAGGAGAAUGGCACUGGAGUAUUGGUUCUUGGAGCAACGAAUCGGCCUGAUUCAUUGGAUCCAGCAUUAAGAAGAGCUGGUCGUUUCGAUCAUGAAGUAUGUCUUGGUAUACCGGACAGGGAAGCAAGAACAAAAAUUUUAACUGUACACACAGAAAAAGUGGCACUUGCUGCCAAUGUUAGUUUAUCUACAAUAGCUUCACUGACACCUGGUUUCGUUGGGGCCGAUUUAGUUGCACUAAUUAGAGAAGCUGCUAUGGCAGCUGUGGAUAGGAUACUUGAAGAUGUAAACAGAUCAGAAGCUGAUAUUAAAGUAUCCGAAACAAGAGAAAAUGAACCUGGUACUGAGAAGGAAAAUUUUGAAAACACUGGUGACUUAGUUGAAGAAGUAGCAAUUGAAUCAUCCUCUUCAAAUCAAGACAGUAUCCCUAAAUUAAAUAAGACAAGCAAUCCUGAAAGUCCCCAAGCGCCAGUAGAGAUGGAUGUGAUACAAGAAAAUUCCAAAUCUCCAGAUUUGGCAGGAUUACUUGCUUGGUUACGAAAUGAUCCACCACUUCCCUCAGAACGGCUAAGAAAUUUAUGUAUCGAACACAGCGAUUUUGAAACUGCUCUUCGCGUCAUUCAACCAUCUGCCAAAAGGGAAGGCUUUGCAACUGUACCUGAUGUUACGUGGGACAAUGUCGGUUCUUUAAGAGAUAUUAGAGAAGAACUACAAAUGGCUAUACUUGCUCCAGUUCGACAUUCCGAACAUUUUGCAGCCCUAGGAUUAACAACACCUACUGGAGUAUUAUUGUGUGGUCCACCUGGAUGUGGUAAAACAUUGCUGGCUAAAGCAAUAGCAAACGAAGCUGGCAUCAACUUUAUUUCUGUUAAAGGACCAGAACUUUUAAAUAUGUACGUGGGUGAGAGUGAAAAAGCAGUUAGACAAUGUUUCUUGAGAGCACGAAAUUCUGCUCCGUGUGUUAUUUUCUUCGACGAGUUGGAUGCCUUGUGCCCAAGGCGAUCAGAUGGUGACAAUUCUGCUACUUCGCGUGUAGUUAAUCAAAUGCUUACAGAAAUGGAUGGAGUAGAAGGACGCCAAGGAGUAUUUCUAAUGGCUGCGAGUAAUAGACCAGACAUUAUUGAUCCAGCAGUGCUGAGGCCAGGAAGAUUGGAUAAAAUUUUAUAUGUUGAUUUGCCUACUGCGGCAGAUCGUGUUGAUAUUUUAAGAGCCCUAACAAAGAAUGCAACUAAACCAAAAUUAGCUACGAAUGUGAACCUUGAACAAAUAGGAUAUAAUAGCAAGUGUGAUGGUUAUACUGGAGCUGAUUUGGCAGCUUUAAUCAGAGAAGCUGGUGUAGAAGCAUUAAGAGAAUUAAUGGAUAUACAUUAUUCAGGACAACCAGAAAUCUCUAUGCGUCAUAUUUUAGCUGCAUUUGACAAAAUAAGACCAUCUGUACAGGAGAAGGACAUAAAACACUAUGAAAAGUUGAAGAAAUUAUAUUCAAUUAAAAAAAAAUCUGACGAAUCUCCAAUGGAAACCCCAACAGAUGCAGUUAUAGUAGACGUAGUUAUGGAACCUAUGGAAACGUGAAAUAAAAAUAUUACAUCUGCAUGUAACAAUCUUCCACUAUAAAAUACUCUCUGAAACUGAAAUAAGAAGUGUAAACACUGUAUGCCUUGACUUUAUUUUUAUAGUCAAAGCACUUUAGUCUCCGCUAAGCGAAAACGUAGUUGCAAUUCGAAACGUUGAUUUAACUUUUAAAAAUAGGAACUUAAGUCUAUAUUUUCCUUUAUUUUUUAAAUACUGGACAUAUACAAUACGAACGUUGUCUUGGUACUUUUUCAUAAAGAAAU